GGUGUCUGACAGUAGAGUUGAGUGGAGUAGAACAGAGUAGAGUGAUGGAGCCUUCCCAACAUCCUCCUGAUUGGCAGUGAGAUGUCGGCCAUCUUGGAUUGUAGCGGGGAAGAAGGAUUGAUGCGGUGACACGCGGCAUGUUUGGUGCUAACCGGAAGAAGUUUAUGGAGGGAGGGAUAGAGAGUGACUACCCGGACGACUCCAGUCUCUACUACAGCCAGCAGUCCAUGUUCCCUCCUCACCGUGCGGACAAAGACAUGCUGGCGUCUUCCUCUGCCUCCUCUACGGGUCAGCUGUCACAGCUCGGAGCCAGCCUGUACGGCCCGCAGAGUGCAUUGGGGUUUCCCAUGCGAGGCAUGAACAGCAGUGCAGCUCCUCCAUUGAGUCGCAGCGGGCUGAACCAGUCUGCCGGUCAGCUCUCCAGUACGCCCAAUGCCGGCUCGAUGCACACGCCCCCCUCACCCAGCAGGGGAAUACUGCCCAUGAGCAGCCGGAGUGUGCUCAAUCACAACCAGCAGGUGGGGGGUCCAACGGGGCAGUCAGGUGGGAUGGGAGGCGGAGAGCGUGGAGGUGGAGGAGGGAGGAGCGGCAGUAUGGGGAGUCCCAGCCGGUCGUCACCCAGCAUCAUCGGGAUGCCCAAACAGCAGCAAGCACGGCAGCCGUUUACCAUCAACAGUAUGUCAGGGUUCGGGGUGAACAGGAAUCCAGGCUUCAUGAACAACUCGCUAUCCAACAACAUCUUCAAUGGCACAGACGGCAGUGAGAAUGUGACGGGGUUGGACCUGUCAGAUUUCCCGGCAUUAGCUGACAGGAGUCGGAGGGAUGGAGGUUCGAAUCCCACCCCACUGCACAACCCGCUGACCGGUCGAGCUCCCUACGUUGGCAUGGUAACCAAGCCGUCCAGUGAGCAGUCGCAGGACUUCUCCAUCCACAACGAAGAUUUCCCAGCUCUCCCAGGGCCAAACUACCAAACAAAAGACCCCACCAGCACCAACGAAGACAGCAAAACGAAUCUGAACUCAUCGGGAAAGCCAGCCUCUAACUCAGAUGGUCCAAAGUUCCCCGGCGAUAAGAGCUCUGCACCGAGCAACAACAACCAGCAGAAGAAAGGGAUUCAGGUGCUUCCUGACGGGCGAGUGACCAAUAUCCCUGGUGGCAUGGUAACAGACCAGUUUGGAAUGAUUGGCCUGCUGACGUUCAUCCGGGCAGCGGAGACCGACCCUGGCAUGGUCCACCUGGCGCUGGGCUCAGACCUCACCACACUUGGCCUCAACCUCAACUCGCCUGAGAAUCUCUAUCCUAAGUUUGCGUCUCCGUGGGCAUCGGCUCCAUGUCGACCGCAGGAUAUAGACUUCCACGUCCCCUCAGAGUAUUUAACCAACAUCCACAUAAGGGACAAGGUACCUCCUUCACAAGACACCCCAAAGUUAGCAGCUAUCAAGUUGUCUCGGUAUGGUGAAGAUCUGCUGUUUUAUCUCUACUAUAUGAACGGAGGAGACCUCCUACAACUGCUGGCUGCUGUAGAACUGUUUAACAGGGACUGGAGGUAUCAUAAAGAGGAGCGGGUUUGGAUCACUCGAGCUCCGGGGAUGGAGCCCACACUGAAGACCAACGCCUAUGAGAGAGGGACCUACUACUUCUUCGACUGCCUCAACUGGAGGAAGGUGGCCAAGGAAUUUCAUCUGGAAUAUGACAAACUAGAAGAGCGACCUCACGUUCCCUCCACCUUCAACUACAAUCCUGCCCAGCAGGCCUUCUGAUUGGCUGUCUCUCCUACUGCCUGCCUGCCAUUGGCCCUCCUGACCCCAUUAGGUUUUUCCACCGGCACACACUGAACGGGGAGGACAUCCUGGCUCCUGUCCUCCUCUCUGAACAGACUUCAUCCUUUUAUUUUUUUCAUAUUUUUGUUCCUUCUUUACCUCAUUAUCGUUAUUAUUAUUUUUUUAAAUUUCACACUUCUCCAUCAGUUUGAUUUGGCUGGUCUGUGAAGUGGACCACAGGCUCGAUACACAGACACAAGCACUGCAAAGUGUCCAUCUGAUUGAGUGACUCAUGUUUCUGCUCAGUCUUAAGAAUCGACUAUUUUUGUCUCCAGAAGCUUUUAAGAGAAACCAGAUUUUAACACAGGAAGUGAUCACCUUUCAGGAUGGAUAAUUAUUUCCCACUGUGUUGCACCUCUCUGAAACCUGGCGAUAUCUUUAACCCACUCUCUUUUAUCAGGUUUAUCCCCCAGCAUUACAAACCAGAGCACAUCAUCAGACAGUCAGGAGGACAUGCAAUGUACAUUGUAGCACUAUUUCAUAAUAAAAGAGGAAAAAAUAUCCUUUUUUUCCCCUUUGGUUCCUUUGUGUUAUAAAGCGGGUUUAAUUUAAAGAGACAGGUGAGAGUGCAGCAGGUGAUUUCAUACUGCAGGGAGGUCUUUCACAGGUGGACACGUUCCCUUUAUACCUCGAGGAAAAGGCAGGAAAUCUCUCUUUUUUUAAAUUACGUUUUUUAUACAUAUUUCACCAUCUGCAGUUAUUUUAUCCUCCUGAGGUGGCAGCCUGUUUAAAAAUGAAAAAGAAAAAGACAUUAGGUUUUUGGGGUUUUUUUGUCAUUUGAAAGACAGAAAUCUGAGGUUGGCAUUUAAGAAAACCGAUUUGUCUUUCUGGAUGAUAAUGGCGUUAAAUUGGAAAUCUGGUGAAUGCCAUUUCAGAUUUAUCUACUACAAAUCUUGUUUUCAGCUUUUUCAAGAUGGAGAAAAAAGAAAAUAAUUUCUUUUUCUUUUUUUUAGAUUUUCCUCCUUUGCGUCGGAUCAUAUGUUAGUCCAUGCAGAAGUCAGCUUUAGUUUGGUGAAAUAACUGACACUUGCCAUAUAAGAACAGUUACAACAAAAAUAAUUUUGAGUUUUGCUGCCUCAUAAUCGGGUUCUCACCAUAGUAAACAUGGCUGUUUGGUAAAGCAAAGGGACUCAGUUUGUCUUGCUUUAUUUGAAUAGAAAUCAGCGCACUUUUCUCAAGUUCUCGUUGAUUAGAUAAUCAGAAAAUGUCUGCUGUGUUUAAGUAAAUAAAACCCCAAAUCAGAUUCUCCUGGCUCUGGCUAAAACCUGAUCAGGAGGCACCAAUCACUACCCUGACCUUACAGCUACAAAGACGUUGGGAUGAUUGGUGAUGCUAAUGUUGUCUGUUGUUCUCUGUUAGCCUGUUCAGGGUUUAAUCUCCCAGUUUAUCCCACUGUCAGUUUAUCCUGAGGAUAAGUGGCCAUAAUAUUUAAUAGGAUGGAUUUAUUGUUGGAUAGCUGCACCUAUUUCUACUCCUGCGAUCUGUUUGAUAUUUUAAUUGUUAUUCUUGCAAGGCUUCUGCCUGGAGAUCAAAACUCAAACUCUGCUGCCUGUAUCCACUUUUAAAGAUUACAGUUACUUGCUGCACUGAAAGCCCCCCACAGUGAGUCACACAGUUUCCCACUGAGCGGAGGUCUGUACUGAAAUGCAGAACCUGGGGUUUAGUGAGGUAGCUUCAGGUUUAACCCCAGGUGCUCCAUCAGCACAUGUAGAAAGCUCCACCUGCUGCUUUUCACCUAUUUUAUGUUAAUUUUUGUUAACACUGCUCUCUGCUUCUCAAACUUCCUAUUUCUUUACCUUUAACAUUAUUUUCUUUUUUCUUUUUUUUCUUUUUUUAAAAUUAAAUUUUGUUCCAACUGUUUUCUGCACGGUAACAGUCAAACCAAUUGGAUCCUCAUGACACCGCCACCACCUUGCUUGUAAGCUACAGCCAGGAGAUAAUUAGCAUCAUUAGCAAAAACACUGGAAGUGGACACUGGCAGCCCGGCUCUCAUGGGUCUGUUUAGUUUAAUCUGCUACAUACACUUUGUUGUGUUGGGACCAGUUAAAACUAUACUCCAAGGAAAUUCUGAUUUUUACACUUUUUAAAGCCGCUUAAACAAACAUACCAUCCUAAUCGUGAGGUGCUUUUCUUGUGGGCAGACCUAAGCUACCUGUUAAAGCCCAUUCAAUCUUUAUGCUAAGCUAAUUAGCUCAUAGCUGUAGCUUGAGAAAGUUUCAAAAAUCCAAAAAUCAUCCCAAAAAGUUUUUAUUUUAAGGCUUUGAAUUUUUCAUAUCUUUAACUGCCAGGAGACACCAGUGUCCAGUUAUGUAUAUGUAUUUUAAAUAUGUAUACAUAAAAGUGAGGCAGUAUUUUUAUGGAAAACAAAAAGGGGUAAAAACGGAAAAGAAACCCCUCCCUCUUCAGCUGGCCGUCACUUAACGAUGCAAUACUCCACUUCCUGUCAUGGAGAUGGUUUCCAGGGGACCACGCGCGACUCCGCCCACCUACUAGCAACAACAAUCACUGGGGGAGGGGAGGGGCCAGCUAGUUCGCACUGCAGCAGCAAAGCCAAGGACACGCCCACAGACCUGUGUGACCUGUCUGAGGAGUUUUGAUUGGAGGAUGAGGACUGAGGCACUUGGCCGUUGGCUGUUUUAUUAAAUAUGGCAGCUAGUGUUUUAAUAGAAAAAGAAUAAAAUAAAUAUUCUGGUAAUGAAACUGAAA